GUUCGCGGGCUUGGGUCUUGCAAAAAUUCAGUAUCCCACCGCCUUAUAUAUGGAAGAGCCCAUUCGUGAGCUAGGGUUUACGCCACGGUCCCACGCGUGUUUCCCGUUCUAGAGGUGGCGGGGUUCAUGGCAGGCGGCGAAGAGAUGGAUCUGGAUUUCUCGUCCUGGGGCGCGGUGCCCAGCUUCGGGUUCGCGUUCAAUUCAGAGAUCUUUUCCGACAGGGUGCUGCAGUUAGAGGUGGUCACAUGCGAAGACGUCGCCGGAGAAUCCCUCCCCGAUUCGACGCGUCCCCCCAAGGAGAAAGCUAAUAAAGGACAGAGUAUUGACGCUUCCUCAACCAUGGCUGGCACAGCAGUUUCAACUGUAAAAACCUUUCAUAUCAAUUCAGCGAUUCUUGCUGCAAGAAGUCCUUUCUUUCUAAAGGUAAUUUUUAUAACCAUGUUAAAUGCAUUUGUUGUAUAG